CGCGCACAUUGAGUGCGAGACUCAGGUUGUGCAAAACGGGCAGGAGCGCGAGGGAGACCGGUAUUGACUUAACACCAGCAACAGUUGAUGAAAAAUAAAAAGCAAUGGGGAAAGUGAAUGUUGUCAUGAUGAACUAAUGAAGAGAGAAAACGGAAGACGUCAAGGUUGUGACAGAACAUAUGAAGAACAGAAAGACAACAGGUUGAUUGAAAAGGGGUCUCAGAUAAGAUACAAUUUCAAGAAUGAUCUGGACUAUUCUUGGAAUGCACAGCCGGUUAGCACCCAGAUGACACUAGCCCUAUCUUGACAAGAUGGGAUUCCUCGGGGGAAAGAACUCGUUGACCACUUGAAUGCAAAGAGAUAGAGGGUAACAUUUCUCCUGGAAUUUAGUACAAAUUAUUUGGUGUAUUUUUCUGUUUCCACUUUACCAUACGUUUAAAAACAUAUUUCAUCAUAUUAUUAGCUAAGCAAGUGCAGAUAGAAAUAUGCAUUUGGGCAAAGCACUUCUGUUUUUCCUCCUGUUGAACUGUGUGACAAUGACUUUGUCACUAUCCACUUGCACCACUGUGGACAUAGACCACAUAAAGAAAAAGAGAGUAGAGGCAAUCCGAGGACAGAUUCUUAGUAAACUUCGAAUGACCAGCCCGCCGCAAACAGUGGGUCCGAAUCAGGUACCGUUUCAGGUGCUGGCGCUCUAUAACAGUACGAAGGAGCUGAUCGAGGAGUUGGGGAGAGACAGACAGCAAAGUUGUGGACAGGAUAACACGGAGACUGAAUAUUACGCCAAAGAGAUUUACAAGUUCAAUAUGAUUAAUGGACCACCAGAAAACAAUGACCUUCCCUACUGCCCCAAGGGCAUCACCUCCAAGGUGUUCCGCUUCAAUGUCUCGGCCAUGGAGAAGAACUCCACCAACCUCUUCAGAGCCGAGUUCCGAGCCCUUCGUGUCCCCAACUCUAGCGCCAAGAGGAACGAGCAGAGGAUUGAGCUCUACCAGAUCCUGCGGCCAGACGACCACAUAGCCAAGCAGCGCUACAUCGGGGGCAAGAAUGCCCUGACCAAAGGAAUGCCAGAGUGGGUCUCUUUCGAUGUCACAGACACAGUCAGGGAAUGGCUUAUGUACCGAGAGACCAACCUGGGCUUGGAGAUCAGUGUGCACUGCCCCUGCCACACCUUCAACCCCAAUGGUGACAUCAUCGAAAAUGUCAACGAGGUGCUAGAUGUGAAGUUCAAAGGUGUGGAGGGUGACCACGAUGAGAGUCGCUGGGACCUGAGUAGCAGACUGAAGAAGCAGAAGGAGCAGCUCUUCCCUCACCUCAUCCUCAUGAUGCUGCCCCCUCACAGGCUAGACGCCCAGUCCUCAUCCCGCAGACGCAAGAGAGCCCUGGACACCAACUACUGCUUCUCUAACUAUGAAGAGAACUGCUGUGUGCGACCCCUCUACAUUGACUUCCGCCAGCAUCUGGGCUGGAGGUGGAUCCACGAGCCGAAGGGAUACUAUGCCAACUUCUGCUCCGGGCCCUGCCCUUACCUACGGAGCGCAGACACCACACACAGCUCGAUGCUGAGUCUGUACAACACCCUGAACCCUGAGGCGUCUGCCUCUCCCUGCUGUGUGCCUCAGGACCUGGAGCCCCUCACCAUCCUCUACUACGUGGGCCGCACCCCCAAGGUGGAGCAGCUCUCCAACAUGAUCGUCAAGUCCUGCAAGUGCAGCUAAGGGCCCCAGCCCAGCACACUGGGAUCUGACAGGGCCUGCACGGCACUGAGGGAGUGGAGGGUGGCGUGCCGUCUGUCCCACCACCAAGAGUACCUCUGUCCACCCUCCUCAUUCCUCAGCCAAGCACACGCAGAGGGCCUGCAGAGAGACGCAGUCCACCACUCUACCCACAAUCCCCAGGCUGUGUGUCCAAAUGACUUUCAAAUACCACUCCAGACCCAGCAAUCUCAACGUCAACAUAACUUUUUAUUGGCCUUUUACAAUGGCAUUUUUCUUUUCAACGUCAAGUGUUUUCCUCAUUCUUUUGUCAAUAUUUCAGCCUUCUGAACUGCCCGUACCUUUGUGCCAUAUGACCACGGGCAUUCAAAGCCAACCUCUGAACAGCGGAAAAGAACAGAGGAAAGCUGUUCGAGCCUUGACCACUGCCUACUCAAGGACACACCGUAGUUGCAGUCAAAAAGAGAGACCCACUGAGAACCUGGAUUUACAGUGCAAAUGACUACAUCAAAGGGGCUAAAGCAAAAGCUCUGUCAGGCUUUUGAACCAUCCUUUUGAAUGGAGACAUCAUAACACAAGGCCUUGACGCUCAGAACAGACUGUCUGGAUGGAAACUAGCGUGGUGCGCACCACAGCUCCCUUACAUUGUUCUUCUAGGACAGAUGCUGAUGGACUCAAGUUACUGGUAUCUAUGGAAAAAAUACAACAUGCUGGAAAACUACUUUUAUUCAACGACGUAUCUUCACGGUUAUGUUUACCUCUAAUAUGCAACAGAAUCAUGUUUUUAGGGAUUUUUUUUCCCGCAAAUGGAGCAGACUUUUCUGUUGUACAAGACGAUAAAUGUCACUAAGUGAACGUGUAAAUGUUGUUAUUGCUAUUACUCUUAAACACUUUUUUAAAAUAAAAAAAUAGUCUUGGAAGAACAGAUGUUAUUAAAUGUUUGUAUCUGAAAGUAA